UAAUGUCUAAAACAAAGUUGUCUUUUGACAUUGAAUCUCAUGUGGACGACAAAUUGAGAAAUGUCACAUAAAAGUGUAAAGCAUGUGAUAGCUGAUGCUGGGGCUUUCAUACGAAAUGCCCCAUUACAGAGCAUUGGUGAGCACAUUUACACAAUACCAGAGGUGGUAAAGGAAAUCAAGGAUAAAGCUACACUUCAAAGAUUACAGGUCCUGCCAUACAAAAUAGAGUACAGAACACCAUCACAGGAAAGCUUACAGAUUGUAAGUAAUUUUUCCAAGAAGACUGGUGAUUAUAAAAGUUUGUCAGCAGUUGAUAUCAAAGUGAUGGCUUUGACUUAUCAGUUAGAAAAAGAACAUGUUGGAUCAGAGCAUAUCAAAACUGUUCCAGAAAGAAAGAUUGAGUGGAAUGCCACAACAAAGAUGUUGGAGAAACCUACAGACAUAGCAGGCUUUUAUUUGUCUAAAACAAAAAGUGCUGGUAAUUCAAGAACAACAUCAGUUUCUGAAAAAUCUACACAGUCAAGUCUUCCUAAAGAAAGUCUAGACCAGGAGUCAUGUGAUACAGUAAAGAGAAAUAAUGAAUCAGAUUUACAUAAUGAGUCAGAUGACAACAGAUCAAAUCAAGAAAAUUCUGAACCAGAUUUAAAAGAAAACGUGACAGUACAAAUUAAAGAUGCAAAAGACAUUAACAAUUCUGAUUUAUCAGAAAGCACAAAUGUAAGUGAGAAUUUAGACAAUGUACAGGAUAAAGAGGAAGUGCAAGCUUUUCCAUCUGAAGGGGAGAUAAUUCAGGGCACAUUGUUGGAAGGGGAUUCAGAGGAAGAAGAGGAACCGAGUGAUGAGGAUGAUAGUGAUGACGAUGAUGAUGGUUGGAUAACACCAUGUAAUAUACAAGAAGUUAAACAGAAGAUGGGAGAAGUACCCUCAGAAGAAGCUGAUGUCAUGGUUGGAUGUCUCACCAUGGAUUUUGCUAUUCAGAAUGUUUUGAUUCAGAUGGGACUCAAUGUUAUAUCAGUAGAUGGCCUUUUGAUAAAAAGAGCAAAAAGUUAUGUACUUAGAUGCAGUGCUUGUAUGAAGGUGACGACCAACGUGCUGAAGGAGUUCUGUCCCUUUUGUGGUAACAAUGCAUUAAGAAAGGUUUCCAUGAUAGUAGAAGAAGAUGGCAGUAUAAGAUAUUUUCUAUCCAGACGGAAACCUGCAAACACUCGAGGUUUGAAGUAUGCAUUACCACUACCAAAGGGAGGUAAGCAUUCCCAGAAUCCUAUAUUGUGUGCUGAUCAACCAUUUCCACAGCAGCGAACAACAAAAAAGUCAAAGCAGAAACUUGAUGUGUUCGACCCAGAUUAUGUGGCGGGGUAUUCUCCCUUUGCUGUUACUGACAUUACUAGUAGAGCAUCACAACUGGGAAUCAGAAGUGGUAGAACUGGACAGUUUAACAAGAGGAAUCCUAAUGAAGUCAGGAAAAAUUAUGGACGGAGAAAAUAAUCGAAUGUAAUUAAAAUAUUUACCUAUGGUA